UUGCCGUAGGAAAUACGGGAAAAAAAACUGUGGACAUGGUGGCCGUCAGUUAGCCUACUAGCCAUUUUAGGCUGUUUAUUAUCAUGGCAAAAUGUUCAGUUAAAAGUGAUAUAUCAUAUGCUGAUGAAGGAGGGUGUGGAGGGGAUGUGGCUAAAUAAUGGGAAACGUUUUUGGGAGAAAGAGCCGACCUUCUCGUGUGACGGAACAAGACAAAGCCAUUUUGCAAUUGAAGCAGCAGAGAGAUAAGCUGAAGCAGUACCAAAAGAGAAUCACCUUACAACUGGAGAAAGAGCGACUUCUUGCAAAGCAGUUACUAAAAGAUGGCAAGAAAGAAAAAGCACUGCUGCUUCUUAAGAAAAAACGAUACCAAGAUCAGCUGCUAGACAAGACUGAAAAUCAAAUUUCAAACCUAGAGCGCAUGGUUCAAGAUAUUGAGUUCAUGCAAAUUGAGAUGAAAGUCAUCGAGGGGCUUAAGGUUGGGAAUGACUGUCUGAAGAGUAUGCACGAGAUCAUGUCAAUAGAAGAUGUGGAGAGAAUCCUGGAUGAGACCCAGGAAUCAAUUGAAUAUCAAAGGCAAAUAGAUGAAAUGCUGGCUGGAGCCCUGACGCAGGAGGACGAGGACGCCAUUUUAGCAGAGCUGGAGGAAAUCACUCAGGGAGAAGAUGUAGCACUUCCAGAGGUCCCCACUGAGCCAAUACCAGAAGUCCCAGAGGCAGCUAAAGCUGAACCAGAGAAGAGAGAAGCAAAGAACAAGCCAGACAGAGAGAUGCUGGCUGCCUGACAGACUUGUUGUUAUCCAGUGUUGAGCUCCAAAUAAAUGAAGAGUAGGCUGUCUUUGUUCUACGGGGCAUUUUGUUAAUUUCAGUAUUUCAUCUUUUAAUUCUUAAUAGCUGAAGGUGGUACCCGCAGACAUCCGUGCACCUUUAUACAUUUGACAGGAUCAGCAGCACUGUGUCUGUGCUUUGGUUCACUACUCCCCUGAAGGAUCUACAUAAAGGAAGUGUAAUGUUUGGUUCCUCCAUGUCUGACUUGGAUUAGGAAAGCAGUGUCACAUUCUAGCUGUGCUGGUGAAGGCAUAACUGAAUGACAGGACUGAUGUUUUACACAUUAAAUUCAGUUGUUUUACAUAUUAAAUUGAGCUGUGGCAACAA